AUGAGUUUGCAGCAUGUCGAUAUACCUCCGUCUGAAUGGGGCGCAACAGUAGCCAGUAGCUUCAUAACGAAAUCACACCACGAGCCGUAUACCGCCAUCGAUCCAUCACGAGCGAGACUGCCCAAACCAUUCGUCGUCUGCAUCGUCGGAGCCAGCCGUGGGAUAGGCGCCGGAACAGUAUGCAGCUACGCCAAAGCUGGCGCCACUGGUCUCGUUCUAGCCUCAAGACGGGUCUCUGGGCUGGAGGAAACGGCAGCGAAAUGUAAAGCCCUGCAACCGGACGUCGAGACUGAAAUUGUCGCUUGCGACAUCACUUCCAACGACUCCGUAGCCGCUCUCGCACAGACGACCAAGGACAAGUUCAGCAGACUGGAUGUCGUGGUGGUCAAUUCUGGCUACUCUGGACCGGUCGUACUCUCUCUGACUGAAACGGAUCCGGUGACGUUCCAACAAGCGAUCAAGGUCAACUACGUCGGCACUUUCCAUUGCGCGAAGCAUCUCAUCCCCCUCCUACUUGAGACGGACAGAGGAGCGAAAGCGUUCAUCGUAGUCAGCAGCUUGGCGGCUGUGAUAAUCCGUGGCGCGAUAGCGAACACACAGUACUGUGUGUCGAAACUCGCGCAGCUCAAGCUUAUAGAGCAUGUGCACGAGCAAUAUUCUGCCCAAGGACUGCAGAGCUUCUCAGUGCAUCCAGGCGCAGUGGCCACAGAGAUGGCGGAGGAGACGGCGCCGGGAAUGUUCAAGUCUGCUCUUGUGGACAGUCCGGAGUUGUGUGGAGCUUUCUGCGUUUGGUUGACGAAGGAAGGCAACGGCAGCAGUUGGCUCAGCGGGAGGUUGUGUAGUGCCAAUUGGGAUGUUGACGAGCUUGAAGGGAGGCGGGGGGAGGUUGUGAAGGGGGAUUUGCUGAAAAUACGGUUGGACGUUUAG